AGCUGCAGUCGGGGCGCCAAGCACGUGUACAGAGGCCACGACCCUGGCUCUUCUCUGUGUCGGGAACAGUUACCGAUACACUGGUCUUAAAAAAGAUCCGGAGCAGCCCAGUGGUCCCUCUUUGGAAAGGAAGAAGAAAUUGACUGAACGAAUAACAUGAAGGCAAAUAGAAGCCCACUUCUUAUUUCAAGUCCCGGAAGUAAAAGCAAAGUAUUGCUGUAUUUCUGCAGUGAUUUCCUUUGUUUUAUUACCUGAGACACCCAGCUUUCCUAACAGUCAUGAUGCCAGGAGGGGACUCGCCUCUGAAAAAAAGGCCCCGGAGAAGUUUGUCAAGCAGCAGGGCUAAAAAAAAGGAAUCUAAGUCUAUUGUUUUGUUUUUUAACAAUGUACCACCUGCUAAACUUGCCUGCCCGGCUUGUAGUAAAAUGGUGCCAAGAUAUGACUUAAACCGGCACCUUGAUGAGAUGUGUGCUGACCAUGAUGACAUCACUCCUGUUGACCCUGGGCAUGGUGGCUUAAUGAAUUCAAAUGUGUCCACUGUAGAAAUAACUAAUAUUGCCGUAGAAGAUGUCACACCAGAUAAGUUGUCGCCAUCAAAGACAAAUUUAACCACUGACCAGAGUGAUUCAGCAAAAACGGGCUUAAACAAGCAGACCAGUCCCUACUUUAAAAGUAAUGAUGUGGUGUGCAAAACUCAGGAUGAGCUGAGACCUCAUAAUGUCAAAGUCAUUCCUUUGGGAAGUCUGUCAUCUAAAUUAUCCAGAAGAUACAAAAAGGCGAAAAGAUCAAUAGAGGAAAACGACUUUGCCGGUCAUACUCCACAGAGUCCCUCAGCCACGGUGGCCGGGAUGGUUGAUAACUGUUCAGAGAUUGAGGACAAGGAUCAGCUUUUGGAGAACAGUUCUCAAAAGGAAAACCUGUUUACCUGUGACUCGCCUAAGGGACAAAAUACUGAGAAUACCAUAGAAGGCACUAAAUUAAUGGCAGCUGCAAACCAGAAACCUACCCAGCAAUGUGGGAGGUCCACCCUCACUCCUGCAUUUGCAGAUAAUGCUCCUAUGUUCUCAUGGGAAUUAACCCCUGGGAACAAAGUACAGUCUAUAUCGGAGGACAGUCUGGCAAAGCAGGAGACAACCAAACGAGUAGGUGGUGAAGGGGCUGGAAAACCUGAGGCUGAUAUUGGUGAAGAAGUCGAACUGACUGUAGUUACAGAAGCUAAGACACAGAUGUCCAGUCCGGAGGCACAAGCUCAGAGUUGUGCAUGUGAUGCUUCUAAAUGGAGUGACAUCCAGAACCACCCUCUGGAAGGUGACAGUGGCUUAAAGCAUGAAAUCACUGGCCCAGUUCCUUUGGAGCAGGGGUCAAGCUCUCAUGCUCCUGGGAAAACAACUCCCGCACUGCCCAGUCAUCCUUACUAUCUUCGGAGUUUCCUUGUGGUGCUCGGAGCCGUCUUUGAGAACGAAGAUGACAGGAUGCUCUUCGAUGAACACGAGAAGGGAAUUGUAACUAAAUUUUAUCAAUUAUCAGAGAGUGGUCAGAAGUUGUAUGUGAGACUUUUCCAACGUAAAUUCGGCUGGAUUAAGACGCACAAAUUGGAGUAUGAAGAGAUUGGCCCUGACCUAACCCCUGUGGUCGGAGAACUGAAACAGGCCGGCUUUCUGCAGACAGAAUCUGAGUUGCAAGAACUCUCUGAAGUGCUUGAACUACUUUCUGCUCCUGAGCUGAAAACCUUGGCCAAGACCUUCCACUUGGCCAACCCCAACGGACAGAAACAGCAGCUGGUGGACGCCUUGCUCAGACUGGCCAGACAGCCUUCCGUCUGCACGUGGGCCGGGAAUCCGCCGGGCGUCGGGGCCGUGAUUCUGAAAAGGGCCAAGGACAUGGCAGGCCCGUCGCUGAGAGUGUGUGAAGGCCCCCGGGCCGUGUUUUCCCGGGCCCUGCUGCUCUUUAACUUGACCGAACCCCUGGAAGAGGAGGAAGCCGCCUGCGGGGGGCAGAGCCAGCUCGCGACGGUGCUGCUGGUCAGCCUGGGCCGCGUGGCCUUCCCUCAGUACACCGUGCGCCGGGAAACCCGCAUCUUCCAGGACAGGGAGGACCUCCUCAGGUAUGCAGCUGCCGCCCACAUGCUGAGUGACAUCUCCACCGCCAUGGCCAGUGGGGACUGGAAAGAAGCCUAUGAGCUCUCCCAACGCGCCAGGAAGGAGUGGAAUGAGCUGAAACACCACCCUUCCCUGAGGCCCCACGAGGACUUGCCCCUCUUUCUCCGGCGCUUCACCGUCGGGUGGGUCUAUACGCGGAUUCUGUCUCGGGCCGUCGAAAUCUUGCAGCGACUUCACAUGUAUGAGGAAGCCGUCAAGGACCUCGAGGACCUCUUGUCCCAGAAAACCUACUGUCCUGACAGCAGAGGCCGGUGGUGGGACCGGCUGGCUCUCAACCUGCACCAGCACCUGAAACGCCCCGAACUGGCCGUCAGGUGCAUCGCAGAGGGGCUGGCGGACCCCGCCGUGCGGACGGGCCACCGCCUGUCCCUGUAUCAGAGGGCGCUGCGCCUCAGAGCGUCCCCCCGCUGCCGGGGACUCGGACACCUCUUCCGUCAGCUGUCGGAGGUCACCGUGCGCGACGUGAAGCACGUGACCAUCACGGGUCGGCUGUGCCCGCAGCACGGGAUGGGCAAGUCCGUGUUUGUGCUGGAGGCCGAGGGAGCCGCCGCCCCCACCACCGUCCUGUGCUCCGUGGAGGAGCUGGCGCUGGCCCAUUACCGACGCAGCGGCUUCGACCAAGGGAUCCAUGGGGAAGGGUCCACCUUUAUCACACUGUACGGCCUCCUCCUGUGGGACAUCAUCUUCAUGGACGGGAUACCAGACGUCUUCAGAAAUGCCUACCAGGCAUUUCCGCUGGACUUGUGGACGGACAGUUUCUUCACCAGCAGGGAGCCAGCCAUCGAGGCCAGGCUGCAGCUGAUCCACGCCGCCCCCGCCGAGCACCUGCGAGCCCGGGUGGCAGCCACGUGGCAGGCUCAGGAAGGCACAGCGGCUUCUGUCGUCAGCUGGGAUCGCUUCGCUUCUCUUCAGCAAGCUCAGGACCUGGUUUCCUGCUUGGGGGGCCCUGUCCUCAGUGGGGUGUGCCGGCGCCUGGCUGCAGACUUUCGACACUGCCGAGGAGGCCUCCCUGACCUGGUGGUGUGGAACUCCCAGAAUCAUCGCUGCAAGCUGGUGGAAGUCAAGGGCCCCAGUGACCGCCUUUCCCAUAAGCAGAUGAUCUGGCUGGACGAGCUGCAGAAGCUGGGGGCUGACGUCGAGGUCUGCCACGUGGUUGCCGUCGGAGCUAAGAGCAGAGGCCUUACCUAAGAGCCAUGGAACUGGGAGCACGUGGUCACACACGGAGCCAACGUUUUCAAAAGCAUAAGCGUUUAACUACAUUGAAUUCUGACUUUGUUACUGCCAGUAAUAAACCUGAGCGCGAACUUGGUAUUGGCUUGAAAACACUCAUUCCACACAGCAGGUGGAGACAUCUGUUAUUAGACUCGCUGAAAAAGCCCCAACCAACGGGACGGCUCACAGCUUGUAUGGAAGCAGCAAGCACAAUGUUGCUUUCUUGCUCUGUGAUUACCCAAGGGUGUAAGUGGUUGAAAUUCUGAUUUCUUUGGGAAUUAAAAAUUAAAUUCUUAGGAAGUUCCUUAUUCCAUCAGUCAAUGUUUUCCCUUAUUAAUCGGGCCUGUCACCA